AUGGGGGGUAUGAUGUAUAAUGCAGGUCCGAUGACUCGUUUUGACCAUGGCCCGCCGCUAUCCUCAUCCGCCUUUGCCAACACGCCCUCGUACGCUCCAUCCCAUUACCCUCAGCAGCAUUCCUUCUACCCCGUGUCGGACUACGCGCCUCCUGAGCAUCACCGAGAACGUUCCGUUUCUAGAACGCGAGAGUCGGGACGUGGACGACGGAUGUCCACUUACGCACCCCCCGUGGUUGACUACGAUCAUGCUUCCCAAUAUGAUGAGGACGAGCAGCUGGAACGGGUACCGACCCAUUACUACCGCAUGCCGCCGCCACCACUCAAGCACAAGGCGACGCCGCAUAUCAUCCAAAAGCAUCCCGAUCCACCCCGUAAGUCGGCGACGACCACCGCUCUGUCGUCAGAGCGUCGCUCUUCUCGGUCGAUGGAUCUCUCGGAGAUGCGAGAUGCUCUUCCAGAGUACGGCUAUCGACGGUCGUCUCGGGAGACGGUGGUUCCAGAGCGGAGCCGCAGUAUCCGGGACAGUCGACGGUCGAUCUCCUACCAUGAAAGUUCUCGCCCCGCCCGAGUUGCCAUCGCGAAUUCCCGGCGGCAUCGACCCACGGUCUACUAUGACGAAGGCGGGGAUGACAUGGAAGACAAACAACGAGAGGCCGAGGAGUAUCAGGCAACCCGAUCCGGCAAAUCGGCACCGAUGCCCCUGACGGCAGACCUGUUAAAGGCCAAGGCUUCUUCCCAACGCGCGGAGAGUGACAGUGGGAGCCAGAAAAGCCGGUCCAACAGCAGCCGUGGCAGUGACGCGCGGACGCAGAACGGGAGUGGCGUGGGGUCCAAGCCAGAGGAAGAUAACAUCGUCAUGACAAUGAACGGCGUUACUAUGAGUUUUACGCAGGAGUCGGUGGGCGGGAAGCGGAUCAGUGUUCGAACGGGGAACACGGGUGCCGUUGAGCUGAACAUUGAAGGAAAACGACCACAAAGGUAUUUGACGGGGGGCUCCGACUACACCGGCAGCAUGGCACGGAGAGAGCUUGAUGAUCCACGACGAGCUCGAAAAGAUAGACAGUCCGACCGUGCCAGUCGACGGUCUAGCCGGUCGACCUACAGCGGUCGAUGA